CCAGAGCCAGGUAACGCCGAGCAACCAUACACCGUGCCUACCAUGCCGGGUGGAGGAAGAAAAGAUGCCGCCACCGGCGAAGCUAUUCACGUCGUGAUGCUCCCCUGGCUCGCCUUCGGCCAUAUCAGCCCGUUCGCGCAGCUGGCGCGGAAGCUGUUCUCCGUCGAGGGCGGGCACAUCCGCGUGACGUUCCUGACGGCCGACGGGAACCUGCCGCGCGUGCAGGCCAUGCUGGCGCCGGCCGUCGGCGCGGCGGCCGUCGUGCCGCUACACCUGCCCCACGUGCCGGGGCUACCCGAGGGAGCCGCCAGCACGGCCGAGCUCCUCAAGGUCGCCUUCGACGGCACUCGGGACCAGGUGUCGGCGCUGUUGUCCGAGCUCCGCCCGGACGCCGCGCUGAUCGACUUCGCCACCCCGUGGGUCACCGACAUCGCCGCACCUCUUGGCAUCAAGGUGCUCCACUUCAGCGUGUUCUCAGCCGUCGCCCGCGCCUACAACGUCGUCCUGGCGCGCCGCCUCCAUGGGGCGGUCCCGUCGGCCGGUGACCCCAUGGCCGCCCCUUCCGGUUUUCCCAAGGGCUCCGCGCUAGCCACCAUUCCGCCCUACCAGGCCGCCGGCUUCACCUACCUGUUCACCAGCUUCUACGGCCAGCCCUGCGUCUACGACCGUGUGAUCGCCGGCAUCAAGGCCUGCGAUGCCAUCGUGGUAAAGACCUGCGUGGAGAUGGAGGGCCCCUACAUAAGUUACCUCUCUGCCCAGUUCGGCAGGCCAGUGCUUCUCGCCGGACCCGUCGUGCCGGAGCCGCUGCAGGGCCAUCUCGAUGAGCGGUGGGCCAGCUGGCUCUCCUCGUUCCCGGAGAACUCCGUCGUCUUCGCCUCGUUCGGCAGCGAGAUGUUCCUACCGGCAGCGGCGGCGACAGAGCUUCUCCUCGGCCUCGAGGCCACCAACCGGCCGUUCCUCGCCGUGCUCAACUUCCCCAAGGGAGCGGACACGGAAGCGGAGCUCCGGGCACGGAUCCCGCCGGGGUUCGAGGAGAGGGUGAAGGGGAGAGGCGCGGUGCACACGGGGUGGGUGCAGCAGCAGCACAUCCUGCAGCACCAGAGCGUCGGGUGCUACGUGAACCACGCCGGGUUCAGCUCCGUCGUGGAGGGCCUCGUAGCCGGUUGCCGGCUGGUGCUGCUGCCGAUGAAGGGCGACCAGUACCUCAACGCGGCGCUGCUCGUGCGAGAGUUGCAGGUUGGGGUGGAGGUGGCGCGCCGCGACGAGGACGGCUGGUUCGGACGCCAGGACGUGAGCGAUGCGGUUGCCUUGGCGAUGGCGGAGGGAGGGGAUGGGGACGGGAGGAAGUGGAGGGAGUUCUUGACGGACGACGCCGUUCAGAAGAGGUUCGCCAGGGACUUCGUCCGGCAGCUCAAGGAGCUCGUCAGGGCAGCCUGACUCUAGCUCGUAUGUGCAAAAAUAGUUUGCAUCCUCUGUUGCACGGAGUACGGUUACCUGAAUGUAUGCUGUGUAAUUCGCUUCUUAUGUUUCCUUUUCCUGCUUUGUGCUUUCUAUUGUAAUAAACUUGUGUCACUAUUGUAUUGUCCUCCUCAGUCCUUAACAGUCGACCGUUCCAUCACAUUACAGGUGGGUCCUCUGUUAUAUAUCCUUUCCUCUUCUUUUACAGCACGUGGCUACAAGCACUAGAAGUCUGCAACCAAAAACUCCUUAUAAUGCAAGCCUGUUCUGAUGACCCAAAUUUACUCUCACGUAAUUGUUCU